AUGAGCUUCGACGGCAAGAUCGUGGUCCCUCUCUCCUGGUGUGAUUCAAGCCUCGAUCCUUACUAUAGGAAGAUGGGUUUCGCUAUCAUCAACGACCCAGCCCUUCCUGAAGACACCGAAAUCCCUGAGCCUCAACUCCUCCCAUCCAAGCUUUACUUCCCGAUUCUCGCCAAUUUGAACCUUGGAUUCUUCGCCGGCCAAGCUACCGCCAAAGACGGCUGCCCCAGCGUUAUUAGCUGGAAGAAGUCGCCCAUUCCAGAUCAAAUCCGGACUUGGGCCAAGAAAUAUGGCGUCGCCAAGGAAUGUCCGCCACUCCCCUCUCAACUGCGCGAGCUGAUGGUCGAACUCAACAUCCCCAUUUCGUUUGGCCGGGCCAUUGCGCAUGAGUGUCUGAGGAGGGUCAUGCGAUUUGUCGAUACCCACAUCUCCAUUCCCAAAUACAAGAGCGUGGGCGAGACCCGACCAUCUUCAAACAAGACCAUUCAUCUCACAAUUGCAUCGCUGGCGAGGGAGGGUGUGUUUAACAACAAUGUCGAAGAUGUUGGGUUGUUCAAAUUCCCUCAGAUCCAGAGCGCAAAAAUCAUCAACACUCCCACCAUGGAGAAGAAGAAAUCGUCGCCAUCUGCCACUCAGAAUUACCGUUCAUCUUAUGUUGAUGAGGAGAAUGAGGAGGAGAGUGUGAAGAGGGUUGAUGUACAGAAUGUCCACACCGACGCCAUCUACACUAAGCCAGUCACCAAGAAGAAUUCCAUCCCCGCCACCUCCACCGACACCGACACCGACACCGACACCGGCAAUGGGGUAUCUCGCGCCGAGAUGAACUCUUCCAUUCAAUCCAUAUUGGACAAAUACAACGAGAAAGUCGCCCAGCUCCUCGAAUGCAGUGCUAUGCACCAGAAAUAUUUGCACCAAUCGGCCAUCGCGAUCAACGGACACGACGACAAGCUCAAGGAUCACGAAGACAAGAUCAAUGAGCAUGAGGAUCGUCUGGAUGCCGUGGAGAAGGGAGGAAUCGAGUGCAUCAAGAUGACUGCGCAGCUUCAUCAAACUGUAAAGGAAUUGAAGGUAUAA